UAACCCAUCAACUACCCGACCCUACCACGUCUUGUUCCGUGUUUGAUUUAAACAGUCAUAUAUAUACAUGUGCUCUUAACCCAUAUAUUUCAUUCAACUUUACUUAGCAGAAGAAGAAGAAGAAUAUUUAGUCUUUUUUGACAGAAAAAGCAAAAUAUUUACAAAUGGCAUCAUCGGAGAUUGUGGAUUCCGGUAAAUUUUCCGCCGGCGGCGGUCAGAAAUCACAUUUUUCACAGACAUGUAAUUUGUUGAGCCAAUACUUGAAAGAGAAGAAAGGUUCCUUUGGAGAUCUCAGCCUUGGUAUCCACCGCGCCGGCACUACUACUAUGGAUUUAUUCCCAAUGAUUGAGAAAUCUGGUGAGUCAAACCCUCAGAAACCAAUGAAUCUGUUUCCUCAAACUGAAGCAAAAUCUGAAUCGGAGAAAGCACAGAUGACGAUAUUCUACGGCGGUCAAGUUAUUGUAUUUAAUGAUUUUCCGGCAGAUAAAGCUAAGGAAAUCAUGCUUAUGGCUAGUUGUGCCAAAGGAAACAACAACAGUACUACUCAGAUUCAAAAAACAGCUGAAUCUGCUUUAGAUUUGGUACCUCAGCCUAUUAUUUCUGGAGAUUUACCAAUUGCGAGACGAGCUUCACUUACUAGGUUUUUAGAGAAAAGAAAAGAUAGGCUGAUUGCUAAAGCACCGUACCAAUUAAGCAACACAAAUAAACAAGCAGCAGUUUCUGAAAACAAGGCGUGGCUUGGAUUGGGUGCUCAAUUUCCAGUGAAAGCUGAGCAAUUCUAGUACUCUACUUAAUUGUUUUGGUUUUUAUUACUUGUUAUUAGGCUAAAUAUAUUACUACUACUACUUAAUCCUUUAUUUAAACAAAAAAAACUUAUUAGAUCUGACUACUCUGGAUUCAUUACUAGUAUUAAUAGAUUUUUGUAUUGAAACCAGAGAUGGUUAUUCAGUGCCCUUUUGUGUAGGUAUUCAAUUCGUCUAAGGCUUAAGUUUUUACUUCCUAUUGUGUACUGCAAAUGGAAUCUUUAUCACAAGAGCAAUUUCUAUGUUUA